CACUAGUGCACUUUGUGUGGUGGUUUGUUUACAUCCGCACGGUGUUGUAAUGUCUAAAUCUCUCGUGAUUUAUAAUGUGGGAUUAUUAAAGUAGCCUUCGGUCGGUUAACAGGUUACUUAGACGAUGUUGUGUUUGUGAGUGUGUGUGUGUGUGUGUGUGUGAUUGUGGGGCAGAAUGUCAGGUGUGGUGACCCCACGCUGCAGGGACAUUGAGAGGAGGGCAGGGUACAUGCGCCCAGAGGAGUGUGCCGUUCCUCCCUCAGUCACGUCUGCACUCACAUCAGGCCGGUGGUUUAUCCGGGACGUGUGUGGAAUAGUGUGUGUGGUUCUCACCUGGUUCCUGGUGCUGUACGCUGACUUUGUGGUGAUGUUCGUCAUGUUGCUGCCUGUGAGGAACGUCGUGUACAGCGUGAUCAACGCCGCUGUGUUCAACACCCUCGCUGUGCUGGCACUCACUUCACACAGCCGCGCUAUGUGCACUGACCCAGGUGCUGUGCCCAAGGGAAAUGCCACUAAAGAGUACAUCGAGAGUCUGCACCUGAAACCUGGUCAGGUCAUUUACAAGUGUCCUAAAUGCUGCAGCAUCAAACCUAACCGAGCUCACCACUGCAGUGUGUGUAAGCGCUGUAUCAGGAAGAUGGACCACCAUUGUCCCUGGGUGAACAACUGUGUGGGUGAAAACAACCAGAAAUUCUUUGUGCUUUUUACGAUGUACAUUGCUCUGAUAUCGCUCCAUGCUCUCAUCAUGACGGGGCUGCAUUUCUCCUUCUGCUUUCAACAGGACUGGUCAAAGUGCAGCAGUUUCCCCCCCCCAACCACGGUGAUCCUGUUGAUCCUACUGUGUUUCGAGGGAAUCCUCUUCUUCAUCUUCACCGCUGUCAUGUUUGGUACCCAGAUUCACUCGAUCUGCACAGACGAGACCGGUAUAGAGCAGCUGAAGAAAGAAGAGCGACGAUGGACCAAGAAGUCCAAGUGGAUGAACCUGAAGGUGGUCUUCGGCCACCCCUUCUCUAUAGCGUGGCUUAAUCCGCUCGCCAUGCCCGAACACGGCAAAUCAGACCUGUUCCAGUACAUUGUCUGACUCGAACUGUGUCCUAAUCCUGCCUAAGAAGUACACUGAGAUGGCCUUCUUUUAAUCUUCAUCUUUCAGGGAGUAAUUCAGGGAGUGUCCAAAAUAUUUUGUUUACAUAGAUUAUAAUUACACACACAUAAUCAAACACACACACACACACACACACAAUACACAACGUACACUGUUCUACCAUUUUCCAUAAAGGGAUGAUGUUAUAGUGAAACUAGAAAUUUGGGAUGAAGACGGUCUAAUUCACCAACAGUUUCAUCUCCAUGGUGGAAUCAAAAGUUCACCGGUAUUUUAUUCACUAAUAUUUGUCCAUUACUUAGGAGAUGAGAUGAGCAAGCAGCAAAUGUGAUCAGUUAUUACUAUUAAUAAGAAUAUGAAGGUAAGUCCGAGGGUCGUUAUGUGAGCGAGGAAAAAGGAUCACAGUAAUGGAAACAUUGCCUUAUAUAUAUAUAUAUAUAAGUUGUGUUAACUUUCACCAGUCAUUGAUCCAAACCUUUUGAAGAACAUUUCCUCCAGCGAAGGUUUAUAUGAAAGUCGCACAUUUCACGUGUCUGUAAAAGAGCAUUUUCCCCUAAAAUCAAUCUGGAAUCUUGUUGAAACAGGAACUAAUCACUCUCAGUCUGGUCCAGUGUAGUGUACAGCAGAUAGAUGACCAUUUUUAUAUGUGAACUACUUCACAGUCUGAACUCACAGGAACAAAUCUGUCUGUCUGUCUGUAACAAGGUCAGAAUUAAAAGUCUUUCUGAAGUAAUUCCGCAGAAUCGGUCCAUUUCAGCUAGUAAAUAAACGCUGCCCAAGUCUCUGAUACAAACUUUAAUCUUGGCUACUGAACCAGUGAAAUAACAGAAAAUGAGUCAUGAUAAAGAUGAAGAAGUGUAAGAUCUUCAGUCUAGCUGCUGUUUAGACUAAAACUGAACAUUACUGCGAGAGUGACGCAGUGGAACACUAUUGACCUGAGUCUUCCCCUGGUUCAGUAUUAUACUGUUACUUCAAUCAAUCCAGGGACAUUUUACUCGAUUUUCACUUUAGUGAUUUGUCCUGAAACCAAUUUUUUAUUUGUAUAUUUUUGGUAAAAUGAUUUUCUCUUUUUUGGUCAUUUGCCCUUGUACAGACUAGUGAGCUGUCCUGUCAUGCAGCAGCUACCAACCAGGGUAGGGGAAGGCAAGCAAGUGCUUCCUCUAAGACAUGCAUUUGAACUUAUGAUACUAUCCUGAUACUUAUGAUACUUAUGAUACUAACACUCUCGCAUACAUAUCGCAUUUCCGACUCUCGCGGUCGGAUAGUUUUGACAGGACAGACAGAACACCCCAUCCCUCCCCGCUAGACAGCACCGUGUUGGUAGAGUCAAGAGUUUUUGUUCUGCACCUUGGGAGUCCUUCAUCAUAAACAUGACCGCACAAACAUGCCACUAAUCUCGGACAUACUUCUGUCUGUUUUUCUUUUGUUGCAUUCCUUCCUUUUAUUGGUUCUUUAUUUGAUGUCUGAAAAAUUUCUCUCCAUAUUGGUAAAUUGUGUCCUAGUAUGAAGUGCACAAGGUACCUUUGGGGUAAACUUUUAUAUGUUCAGUGAGGGUUCCUGUGGUCUUUAAAUAUAGUGCAUGGAAUCUGGACAAUUUGUGGCACAGAUUCUCAACACUAUAAACACUUUAUUCUGCUUACUGUUGAAACAGUUGUGGUACAUGAGACCCACUUUGACAUGGAUCCAACCCUAUCUAUCCUAAACUUAUCUGUUAUUUGAACUUAUCUGAACCGGCUCGAUUCCCCUGUCCUUGGGCUGGCUGUUUGAAGAGUUAUAUAUUUAAAAGGUGAUAAACCAUCAGCUGUGGAUCUGGCAACCCUUUACAUAUGCGUAUGCUGCUGGAGGACAAACGACAUCAUGUUCAUCACUCUCUCUUCUGACCUGGACACUCUAUUUGAUUAACACUCCAGUAUAUAUGCCUGCUGAUGAAGGAACAGAACAAUGUAAAGAAACUACAGCAGCUUUCAUUUUCCCAGAGAGCUCAAGGGGUUCAAGGAGUGGAACUGGACAUUAUCCAACAAUUAUUGUGAUCUACACAAAACUGAACAAUAUGUACCAAUGCAACGAAGGUCCUUAUCCAGUCUGAAUUACCCCGAGUCAUUUCUACCUACUGAACCUUCGAUCCGGUGCUGCCCAAGAACAGAGAUCAGGUCUGAUCACGUCCACGGCUGUUUGUUUUACAGUGAUUGGUACUUUAUUUCAGUCUGUGGCUUUGGUUCUUGUGAUGUGACAAUGAAAAGUUUAUUUCUGUAGUAAGUUUAUUCCCUUUUUUGUCUUCUGGGUUUCAUGGGAUUUGUUGCAGCUGCUUUCACUCCAGUUUUUUAUGGUAAAUGCAAUAAAUUUUCAUGUUCUUUAGAUUUAA